UCGUCGUCAUAGGUAAAUAAGUUGGCCAAGCUGUUGUUAGUUGGACUGUUGUCUCCAUAAUUUGUUAGAGUUAUUUUAAUGACAACUCGAACACAACCCUUACAAACCUCGGAAAGCAGAGUCAGGAACUGACUUUUUUUUCCCUCCUUUUGUAACAAAAACCGUUAUGACUUCGCAACGUGAAUGCAAAUCCUAUUUUCUGUAGAGAGGAAACGGGAGUGUUUUGCUUAGCCAGCUAACAGGGGUUAGCAACACAAAUCUCCCCACCGUGCGCCGCUAAUGCCCGGUCUAUCCCUCGCCUGUUUAUUCGUCGGCCUUUACCCUCUGUCGCCAGGCUCAGUCGGCUGUUUCUCCCGAGGAGAAUGAGCUGGUUUUUCGCCUCGUCCAAAGGCUCCGGACCUCUCCCUGCCCCGAACAGCCUACAGCAGCAGAGACAGCGGCAAAUCGAGUCGCUGAAAGCCGCUCACCCCAGCCUUGCAGAAAUCCAGAAAGAUGUCGAGUACAGAAUACCGUUUACAAUCAACAACUCCACCAUUAAUGUUAACAUCCUGCUGCCUCCUCAGUUCCCUCAGGAGAAGCCGGUGGUUAGCGUCUACCCCCCUGUUGGUCAUCAUUUAAUAGACAGCAAUAAUGGCACGAUGAUCACCAGCCCCCUCAUCACUAAUUUUGGUAUGCACUCAGAUCUGGGGAAAGUCAUUCAGAGUCUACUCGACGAGUUCUGGAAAAGUCCUCCUGUCCUAAUGUCUACCGGCCCUGCAGGCUUUCCGUAUAUGUACAAGCCUUCGGGUAUCCCUCCUUACCCUUCCCAGGCUUUCCAUUAUGGUCCUCGUCACGUCGGGCCCAGCCAGACACCCCCUCCUGGUUCUGGUCCGGCUCCAUCUCAGGUCCCCGGGCCUCAUCCAGCGGUCGACAUUGCUCAUGGGCUCCCUCGAGCUCCAGCCCCAUAUGGUCUGAUAACGGAGUUGCCGCUGCCUGUACCGACCGGAGACUCGCAGGCGGGCCUGAACGGACACAUGUACAAGAUGCCUGAGAUUCCCGAGUCUUUUCCUGAACUCUCUGACAAAACUCUGACUCAGCUGUCGGAUAUGUCUGAAAACGAAGAUGUGCUGCUGGAGUUCUUUGUGAGUUUGCCACAACUCAAACAGGUCACCAGUGACAAAGAGGAGCUGGUCAACAGUAUAGUGGAGAUGGCCAAAAGAAACCUCCACAUGGAGCCACAGCUGGAAGGGAAAAGACAAGAGAUGCUGUACAAGUACGAACAGCUGACUCAGAUGAAGUCGGCCUUUGAGACCAAGCUGCAGAGACAGCACGAACUCAGCGAGAGUUGCAGUUUGAGCACUCUCCAGGCUCGGCUAAAAGUCGCCGCCCACCAGGCGGAGGAGGAGUCUGAGGAGACGGCUGAACACUUUCUAGAGGGACGCGUUGAUAUCGAUGAAUUUUUAUCUAGUUUCAUGGAGAAGAGAACGCUUUGCCACAGCAGAAGGGCCAAAGAGGAGAAGUUGCAACACUCUAUAAACACUCAUGGUCAUUUCCCUCCCAGUCACUAAACCACGAGCCAACAGCUGCCAACAACAACAAAUCAAAGACUUUACAGGAGCCGAAAGCACACAGAGUCAACGACGGGCACUUUGAGAAAAUGGCAAGACGCCGAUGGCAAUGACGCCACCACAGGAGGCCGGGACUGGGAGGAUGAGCAUUACUCACCUGGAAACUGGAGUUAUAUAACGAUUGAACGCGUUGUGGAUAGUUUUCUUUAAGCUUUCCAGUUGUUUUGACAGCGAUGAAAAAUAUAGUUUUAUUCUGGGAUUUAUUUUCACAUUUUAUGUUUCUUGUUUUUGUUUUGUUUUUUUCAAGCAAAGGACACCCACAUAUCACAAGAUUGUUUGGCCUGAACACUUUCUGAAGAAAGUACAAAACGCUUGGCACGUUAUCAACAAAAGUAAACCUUUUAAGGUAGCAUCACUAUGAAAGAUAUUGAGCAAUUCAAGCAUCAUUAUUUAUACUGUGCACCUCUGGUUACAUGGAUAUGUCCUCUGUGGUCUCCCUUCCUUACAGAGAUGCUGUGCAAUCACUGCACAGUAAUCAUCCCGAUUUAUUGUUGAAAAAUAUUGUUUUUGACAUUUUGCUCGAGUCAUAUAACUGGUGGUGUUAAAAUACAAGAUUAUUUGUCAAACUCCUGGUUGCAAAGUUAACUAACCAAAAUUCGGAUUUUUAAAUUUAACAAAGGCAGUGUUGACCUUUGACUCUUGUUUUUGAAUAUGAAAACUGUAGAAAGCGAUCAAUUCAUUCAUUAUACUAAACGUGAACCCUGAAAAUGUUGGUGUGUUUGCACAGGCAUUGAUAAUUCAACAGUAGGUGGUUGAAGAACCCACAAAUCUGCAAAACUAAAUGCAGAUUAUUGUACACCAUCUGUGUGUAUUAAAUUACUGUAAAGAUAUCUCGUUUUUUUUAGCAAUAUCUCGACAUUUGUCAUGUAAACUUUCUUUCGGGAGCAUUCGUUGCCAUGCGAAUAGUUUAGCAACUCUGUUACCUUAGCUGAGUGAUCUGUGUCAGUGCAAACACACUGACUUUGCUCUGAUAUGCACAGCAAGGAGAGCUGAACUGUUUCCUGGUAUCUUUUGGACUUGAACUUGGUGAUGAAAUUCUGCAAAGAAAUGGGACAAUGUUGGGGAAUAUUGGGUUAAAUGCUACCGAAAAAGCUUGACGGCAUUGGAUACUGUAUUUAAAUGUUAAUAAUAGGCUAUAUUAUAAUCAAAGACUCAAGACACCUUGUAUUAUAUGCUCUUAUUUAAUUUGUUAGAGUAAUAAAGCCUUUAGAAUAAG